AUGACGCCUCACCCGACGAUCUAUCUGAACCCCUACAAGUCGAGGACAGGCCUCGGCGACGACCCUGUAACUGCACCGGCAGACGAGGAAACCCUCUAUGCUAUUUGGGAGAAGUACUCUCUGCUUCGACUUGACGAGCUCGUUUAUUUCCAUUCACCUCUUCGCUUCAACGCGCAGACCCAGACAAUCGAGCGCCUGGCUUAUGAAGGUAUCACCUACAGGACCAUGCGUUCUAAUAUAGAGCGUUUUGCGACAGCAUUUGUGACCAAGUUCGGUCUGAAGCCCGGAUCGAUGGUCAUGCUCUGGUCCUGCAACAGCCCAGAGUGGAUUAUCACCGAACAGGCCUGUAACAGACAGUCUAUGGUGCUUGUUCCCAUUUAUGAUUCGCUGUCUGCACACGGCAUGUCGUACUGUAUCGACGCAACCAGGCCUGACAUCCUGGUGAUAAGCCGUGAUAAGAUUGGGCGGUUGGUUAAAACGCUUGCGCAAGCAGUGGUCGACCUUUCAUUCCUCAAGGCCGUAAUACUCACUACCGACCUCGAGUUUGAGCGUGCCAUCCCUGGAAACCAGGUGGAGGAGCUCGAGCAGCUUCUAGCGCGCUCUGGCAUGGCAAACCCCCGUCUCACAGAUAUUCUUGGGUACGUAACGGCCGCAGUCCAUGUAGUACCGCCGGUGCCUCCCACGCCCAGUACCAUUUCUAGUUUAAUUUAUACAUCUGGAACAUCUUCUACGCCAAAGGGCGUUAUCAUCUCGCACGGCGCGCUCACCUCUGCCUGUUACGGCUAUCUUCUGACUCCUCUUGAUUUUGUGCGCAGCGGGAGAGGACUUCACUACCUUUCCUAUUUGCCCAUGGCACACAUCUAUGAGCGCGUAAUUCAGGCAACUGGUAUAAUCAUUGGUGGUAAGGUUUAUUUCUGGCGAGGAGACUUCAAAUCACUUUUACGUGACAUGCAAGACGUUAAACCGGAUAUCCUGUGUGGCGUGCCUAAAGUCUACACGACUCUCUACCAGGCAAUCCGCAGCAAGCUGGAGGCCUCCCCACUCACUCGUGGGUGGUUCCACUACGGGCUCAAGGGAGACAGCAUGCUACAAAGGUUUGCCAGGCGGUGUCUCUAUGGGCUUGUGAAGCGCAAGAUAGGCGUCAACUUCAAGCUGAUGAUAUCUGGAGGUGCGUCCCUUCCUCCCAAGGUGCACCUUUUUGUUCAGGACUUCUUUCAAUGUAACCUCAUCCAGGGCUACGGACAGACAGAGACGUGUGCCUGUGUCACCGUGCAGUGCGAGUCGGACUAUUCUGUUGGAAACUGUGGGGUUGUGUGUCCAAAUAUGGAGCUGAGAAUAGACCCAUCCGAGAACGAGGUUCUGCUUCGUGGCAGCUCCAUGUUUAGCCGGUACUACGUGCCCGGAGAGACCUUUUAUGAAAAUAUUCAUAACUUUCCGCCGUCAACUGAAUGGUAUAGAUCUGGUGAUUGUGGACUGAUGAAUGAGGACAACAAGCUGAUCCUCAAAGAUAGAAUUAAUACCAAUUUCAAGCUGCAGAACGGUGAAUUUGUCUGUCCAGAGACAAUUGAGCUUAUGUACCUGCAAAGCGCGCUGAUCAGUGCCAUCUACAUUCCACAGACACCCAACUCGAACCACCUCUAUGCUUUUGUUGUACCAAGCGAAAGCCUGCUUGCUAAGCUGAAUGUGGCCAACUAUUUCUCGCCUGACCAACCUCUGUCGCUGACGGGGCUCCAUGACAAGCUCGUAGAUGAUACAGCAACCGACUCUGUUCACACCAAUGAGCAGGUUGAGGCCCUGGGCUCCUUCUCCGUUCUAGAGGGGAAGCAUGUGGAAAAUCACAUAAUGGGUCUCCUUAAGCAGAAAAUCGUAAAAGACCUCACGAAAGUGCACUCGGAGGCGGGGAUGAAGCCGUUUAUGCACCUUAAGGACAUACACUUGCUGAGACGUGAAUUCACGAUAGAAAAUGGAUGUCUCACAGCGACACAGAAGCUCUGCAGAAAGAAGCUCUACAAUCAGCUCCAGCCAGAGAUAGAAGCCAUGGUUGAUAAGGAGUGA